AACCUUUUCUCUCUCUAACUUCAAAAGCUCUUUCACCUUCUGCUUCACCCAAUUCAUAACAACAACAAAAAACACCCAAAAAUAAAGUACGGAGUACCUUUUUAUUUUUCUUUCUUUUUGACUCGUGAUUUUGUUGAUAUAUUUCGAUCUCACCAAAGAUCUAUCGAGGAUCUUCACCGUACAACAGUAUAAAAGAAAAAUGUUCGGAAAUAUCACGAGUGAAGAACAUAAAGCGUUGUUUGUUGAAGAGACUAGUUUUUAUAACCGCAUUGUAUUGGGAUGUAUUUUGCCGACGGUGAUGUGGGAUAAUCUUCCCCAUUUUUUCCAAACAUGGCUCAGAAACUACAUUGGUGCUGUCUCUUUGUACUUGGGUUCUAGCUUUCUUUGGUGCUUUGUUAUUUAUUAUUGGAAGCGCAACCUAUAUGUUCCUAAAGAUUGCAUUCCGUCAAGAAGAGCAAUGUAUUUGCAAAUAUGUAUAGCAAUGAAGGGCAUGCCGUGGUACACCCUACUUCCGACAAUUUCGGAAUACGCAGUAGAAAGUGGAUGGACAAAGUGUAUCCCUCGGAUAAGUGAAGUUGGUUUUGUAGCCUAUUUGGGGAACUUGCUAAUUUAUCUUUUGAUCGUUGAGUUUGGGAUUUACUGGGUGCAUAGGGAAUUACAUGACAUAAAGCCUCUAUACAAGCACCUCCAUUCAUUUCAUCAUAGUUACAACAAGCAAAAUACUCUUUCUCCUUUUGCUGGUCUUGCAUUUCAUCCCAUAGACGGCAUUUUGCAGGCCGUUCCGCAUUCAUGUGCACUAUUUCUUGUGCCUAUCCACUUUACUACACAUAUAUUCCUCAUGUUUAUGGAACUUUUAUGGACAGCAAAUAUUCAUGAUUGUAUCCAUGGGAAUGUAUGGCCAGUUAUGGGUGCUGGUUACCAUACUAUCCACCACACUACUUAUCGACAUAAUUAUGGCCAUUAUACGUUGUUGAUGGACUGGAUUUUCGGAACCCUUCGAGACCCUGCACUUGACGAUGACGACGACGAUAAUGAUGAUGAUGGCGAUGACCCAAAUAAGCUUUCUUAAUGUGUGAAAUCAUGUUAGUAAUUAGUAUAGUACCUUCUCCAUAUUAAGAUUGUAUUUAUAUGUUUAGGGGAAUGGCAAUGGUUGGGUUAGCUGGUGAUAUUUAAACUGAUAAUUGUCAUUAAAUUAUUCAAGAUUAGGAAAUUAUCCUUGAUUUGGGAUUAAAAAUUAAUUUGCAAUUUUAAUUAGGUUUAGAUUAUAAUUUCUUGUUAUCUUCCUUUUUCUUGUAUUGACAAACUUAUGUGUAAAACCUCACUAAUUAUUUUGUAUCUGCAAAAAAUUUGUUGUAUAUUUGAAAGUUUAUACUUAAUUAUUGGA